AUGGCAGCGCCAGGUAUGGAACGGACCGGCAUGGCGAGGACAGCGAACUCCCUUUUCGAGUCCGAGGAACGUUUCGCUGGGUUGGUUCAUCAAAGGGCUCCCAACAACAACAGCCUUGCCGGCUGCACAACCGAGAGGUAUACUACCGACUAG